AUGGCAAAGUGGAAUGCUGUGUUUGUGGUGGCAGUAGCAGUGGUACUUGUGAAUGCCACGGCUAGGGAGAUUCCAAGCCCAAAGGCAUCACCUGGUCAUGAAAAUCCCAACCAAACCAACCUGGUCCAUGUCCCUGACAAUGCUAUCCCACCAAACAAUAGUGAUGCCAAGAACGCCACCACCGUCAAGGACAAGAAGUGCCUGAUCGGCUUCGCCGGCGUCGGCGGCAUUGCCGGGGUUGGCGGAGUCAUUCCCGUCAUUCCCCUCGGCGCCGGCAUCGGCGGGGUCGGCGGUGGCGUGGGUGGGGUCGGCGGUGUCGGUGGACUUGGCGGGGUCGGCGGGCUGGGAGGAGUAGGUGGGUUGGGUGGCGCAGCCGGUGGCGUUGGUGGAACCAUACCUUAA